UUGUCAAUAGGAAGUCUGAAACCAAAAUCAGACAUGGGUGGACACGGGCACGAACCGCCGUACAAGGUGCCACAUUAUUCGCAGUUUCAGACCAAGGGUAUUCCACAGCUUGAAGAGCUGGAGCAGGCGCUUGCUAAAAAAGGACUCCGCGAUCCUUGGAUCAGAAAUGAAGCAUGGAGAUACCACCCUGGAUUCGGGACUCGUGGAUUGAGAGCACGUAAACUGUUUUUCCGCGGCUUUCCACUCGGGUUGGCUCUCACUGUAGCCACUGUGGCUAUCACUGAGCUUGCAGGAGGCAAGGACGACCACGAUCACGGCCAUGGAGAUGAACAUCAUUAA